GUUUUGUGCGAAUUGUGCAAGAAAAAAUGCUCGGGAAACGCAUUGCGUGUCCAGGAUCGCUACUUCCACGUCGAUUGCUUCAAGUGUGCUGUGUGCACAAGUUCUUUGGCUCAGGGAGGAUUCUUCUUCAAAGAUGGCAAAUAUUACUGCACUGGCGACUACCAAAAGAUGUUUGGCACCAAGUGUGCUGGCUGCGGGCAGUUUGUGGAGGGUGAAGUUGUCACUGCCUUGGGCAAUACAUACCACCAGAAAUGCUUUGUCUGCGCUAGAUGUCGGCAGCAGUUUCCGUCUGGUGAAAAAGUGACCUACACUGGAAAAGAGUGCCUUUGUUCAAAGUGCAUUCAGAUACCCAUUGUGACGUCCCAGCCAAUGGAGGAGUCCCCAGUGAAUGGGACCAUCAAGUGUGCCGGCUGUGCGGACGAUUUGCGGGAAGGGCAGGCGUUGAUAGCGCUGGAAAAGCAGUGGCACAUCUGGUGCUUCAAGUGUACGAGCUGUAGCGUCGUGCUGCACGGCGAAUAUAUGGGCAGGGAGGGACAACCUUAUUGUGAAAAAGACUAUCAGAAGCAGUUUGGCGUCAAGUGUGCACAUUGCGACCGAUUCAUCGCUGGCAAAGUUUUACAGGCUGGAGAUAACCACCACUUUCAUCCAACCUGUGCCCGGUGCUCCAAAUGUGGCGACCCCUUUGGAGACGGCGAGGAGAUGUACCUGCAAGGAGGAGCCAUUUGGCACCCACGGUGCGGACCUGGGCCCGAUGGUAAGACUGAGGACGGCAAGUUGAAUGACUCGAAGAAAGAUGCGUCGACGGAAGAACCGUAUGCGCGGUCAUCCAGCCCCGGCAGCUUUCUGGACAACAAGGACCCCCUGAUGAGCGACCUGAGCCGGGUGUACGCCUACAGCUACUUGACGGCGGAGCCGACUCAGGGCUACCUCCGGAGGCCUCUGGAGCCGCACCCGCCAAAGUCGCCCCAGUUUCAUCGGCCCCCCGAUGGACUGGGCCGACCGAAGAUACCCACCAAGCAUCAUACGAAACAAGGCAUGCAGGUUCUCGUGGACACGAUCCAGUCAAGCACACCACGGCCCAAGUCACCGCACAUGAACAACGAGGAGCCGAUUGAGCUGGCCCACUUCCCCGGGGCCCGGCCGCCCAAGUCCAACGAGAUUCCCAAGAUUGAACGAGACGACUUUCCUGCCCCCCCUUUUCCGUACACCGACCCCGAGCGGCGACGACGAUGGAGCGGCAGUUCGAAAGAUUACGAAGUGACCGAGGAUGACGAGGAGGAAGAAGAAGCGUUUGAAGAGGACCCGCAGCUGAAGAAAGAGGAGCAGGAGCUCUCAAAGAUUGCCACGGGCAUUGGAAAGGUGUUUCUCAAGACGGUGAAGGAGCGCGAGAAGUAUCGUGCCUGGAAGAUGACCCACGUGGACCCCCGCAAUGCCUCGCGGACGCCCUCGGCCAACAAGGAACCGACGUACAGGUUGCGCUACGACAACCCGGUAAACGCCUCCCCUUCGAGGGACAUUGACCGCCCCAGGCCUUGGGAAGAGGAAGAGUUUGAUCGGAACUCAAGCUACAGAUCGUCUAUGGGGAGGUCUGUCGGGACGACACCUACAUACAACGUGGUGUCCUCACUUCGAGCAGUGCCCAAGCCAGGCUAUGGACUCGCAACCAAAUCUGCAACACUUCCUGUAGGUGGUCGUGAUUUCAUGGCGCAAGAUCUUUCAUUUAGCAAAUUGGAAAAAACUCACAGUACGGAAUUCAGUUGCGGCAAAUCAGAUGUUUCAGGGACUUCGGACCACGAUAGGAAUGCAAUUAACCACAGCACGAGCGGCAUGUUUCGGUCGACCCCAUUCUCGGACGGCUACUCGGGGUUCCGGUAUGCAUCCUACAGCCCGCACCUGCGGCGCUCCAUGCCCAACGUUAACUGGCACCUGUCGAGCGAACCCCCCAAGCUCUACCCAUAUCAUCUGCUCAUGACAUCGAACUACAGGUUGCCAGUGGAUGUCGACAGGUGCCAUCUGGAGCGCCACCUGUCAAACGAGGAGUUCCAAGCCCUGUUCCACAUGAGCCGGCUGGAGUUCUAUCGCCUGCCCGAAUGGAAGCGCAAUGACCUCAAGAGAAGGGCCAAGCUCUUCUAGCCUCCCCCUGCCAGAUGCCUAUUUGGGAGUCUGCCACUUUUGGUUGCUUAGGCCCCCUCGGCCUAGUUGUCCCCCCACUCCCUGGCCCUUUCCCGCCUCAGUAGUGCAACGAGAAAGAGCGAUUCUGCAGCAAUAUUUUUUUACGAGCAGGCGGGCUUUUGAAGUGGCGCACCAUUGACCGCUUGUCUUCGGUGUGUCUGUCUAGGGCAUCUCAGUUUUGUUAUUAUUUUUAUUUUUUUUUGUGUCUAUCGCGAUUUGUGACGGCGACCCCACACUUGUACCAGUAAAUAAUAUAUUUUGCAUCGGAGCUAACGUGACUCUUGCACGGAAGACUGUCGACUUUGGUGCACUUUUUGACUUGUCUAGUCCCCCCCCUUCCCCUUUUCGUUGCCUGUGUUUUUCUCCCCUCCCGGUUGCUUUUCUUCCAACAUUGUGGCAGCACUAAGCUUGCAUGAUACAAGAUCUUUUGUGUAGGCAGGUUUGGGCAGGGUGGUGCUCUUUCUGUGAAGGUGUACAUGGGGGCUCGGGCCCCAUGUGUAGUGUGCUUGUCGUUACUCCGUUCCGGCGUCUUGUUUGGGGCAGCUUCUUUUCUGGAGACUCCCUUCGAGGAGGGUGGCUCGCCGGCUUGCUUACAGUCCGGGAAAUGGUCUCUGUGCCCGAUCUGCAUUUUGGCUUUCCUUUUUUUCUGUGGAACUUUGACGGUGGGGCUAAUGGUUUUCUCAAUGAAAGCAUGUUUUUUUUAAAGCUUUUACAAACCAAUUUUUUGGGCGUCCAGGCUAGUUUGUUGAGAUCUAGAAAACAAAAGCUAGGCCAAAGGUGCGGAAGAGCUAACAAAUAUGCAUACUUUGGCUUUUAUGAGCAACAAUGAUUCAUCCCACGUCAGCUUCUGAAAGUACAAGGAACUUUUGUUGCACUGAGGGUGUGACAGAUCAUCUGAAGUAGUGGCAGCUUACCCAUUUCAUAGAGCAUGUUUCAAAACAUCUGACUUAAGAGAUGACUUGGGAGAUUUUCAACAUCUUCACAUAUAUGGUAGACAUGGGUAGCCACUCAUAGUUCAGUCUAUUCUUUAGGGCAGUCUGAUUGUCAAGUAUGUUCUAACAAAGCUUGACUUCUAAAAUUAGCUUCUUUAUGUACUAUGUACGCAUUCUAACAUUGGCAGCUAGUCCAUCUUGCGUGUGUUCACCUGAACGUUUGGUGCUUGUACUUUUCCCUCGCUGCUUCAUCAAUCGGCUGACAAUGUUCUUGGAAAAGGCAUGUCGUACGCUGCCACAUGAUCUUAGUAUUUUGUUUGGGCUUGUGUCUUGCAUACCGAUUGAAUGCCCUACUGCCCUUUGGGCAGGGUGAAUGUUUGGUCUCUGGCCAUUUUCCGCCUUUGUGCGUUUACACGCCAAAAAGUUCCUCCCAUGAACACCGACGUUCUCGAACAGGCCUGUUCCAUUUGUGAACAUUGUACGUGUUAGGCACUGCCACAUACCUUUUGGGAAAAAAAAAAAAAAAAAAAAGCACAUGCCUUUGAGCAGUGUGUGCUUGCUUUGUGAAACUCCAGCAUGAAGCUUGGCCAACACCCUAUGGCAUUUUCAGUGCUUUCAUGCUGGUUGCACUUUCAGAAGCAACAAUUCCUUGCGGCUGCUACAUCCAUUUUUCCCCUCAAUCCGCAGCCGAAUUGUUCCUUCCGAAAUCGCCUUUUUCCAUACUUUUCUAAGACUUCUGUUAGGAACUCAGCUUCACGAGAAGACUCUCGAGGUUAUUUUAGUCGCGUAGCUAGAUAUUUUCAGCUCUCGCCUUUUUAGAUUCAAUGUUUUGACUUUUUUUUUCUCCCAAUCAAGACCAAGACAGCAGCAUGCACUUUUUUUUUUAAAUAUCUAUAGUUUAUUUUUGAUGGGGAGAAUAACUAUGUGAUGCAAGUUGAGUAGAGAACCUUGUUGAUCAAUAAGAAAUGCCUGCACCAUUACAAGCAAGCUUUUUAAGAAUUUUAGGAUGGAGGUCUUGUGACCAAACCAUCUUACGAAUUGUAGUUGGCACGACAAUUAAGCUGCAGUAUGAUCCACGGAUUCAUUUGUGCAAUGUUGCCGGCCAUACAUUGAACAGUUUUUCUGCGAAUGACUGAUUCAUGGCGCACGUCGCACGUUCGGGAACUGCAGCUAUUGCUGCAACAGGUUUUGGCCAGACUGCUUGCUUGGUCGAAUGCAUAUGCGACGUAGCAGGUGUUGCGAAAUGUCUGCCCCAGCAUAGCGGCGUGCCGCGGCAGAGCUUCCACUCAUUCUUUGCGUCCCCUUCUUGCAGCAUGCUAGCAAGGUGGAUUGAAAUUGCACUGUCCAGCUACAGAAUGUGUAACGUCUAAGCACUGGACCGAGUGAAAAUGCAACUUGGUCCAUUCCAGAGCAGAUGUUUUGUAGGAAUAAAACUUGCUUGCAAUGCC